GUCUUACAAACUGGAAGUCAGUCAAAGAAAAGCCACGGAACCAGCUACAGAGAACCUAGUAAUUUCACGUUAGUUUGAAAUGGAUAACCUAUCGAUAUUUUUGUGUUUUGUGAUCGGGUUAACUUCCUACGCGCUGAUAUUCUUCAAGAAACGCUACGCAUAUUGGAAAGAUCGUGGAGCACCAUACCUAGAACCAACCAUUCCCUUCGGCAAUUUACCUAUGCGGCGAGUGCACUUCAGAGAUAUCAUGGAACCAAUUUAUGAGCAAAAGAAACCUGGAGCUCCUUUCAUGGGGGCUUACUUUUUCGGAACCCCUGUCGUAGUAGCAACAGAUCUCAAUUUUAUACAAAAUGUCCUGGUUAAAGACUUCAGCAAUUUUCAUGAGCGCGGGAUGUAUGUGAAUGAAGAAGAUGACCCACUUUCAGGACAUAUGUUUUCUUUGGAUGGCGAGAAAUGGAAAUCUUUACGAGCAAAACUCUCACCCACGUUCACAUCCGGAAGAAUGAAAUUCAUGUUCCCGACUGUAGUGGAUGUUGCAGGUAAAUUCAACUCUGAAUUAUCGGAAAUAUUGAAGACGGAAUCGGAAUUGGAGGUGCGAGAUUUACUGGCCAGAUUCACGACUGAUGUCAUAGGAACAUGUGCUUUCGGAGUAGAGUGCAACAGCCUGAAAAACCCAAAUUCCGAAUUUCGUAAUUAUGGUGUCAAAAUAUUAGAGGAACCUCUCCAGGGAUCACUUAUGCAGUUGUUUUUGAUGCAAUAUCCAAAACUGGGAAAAAAGCUUCAUAUUAGGGUUGUGCAGAAAGAAGUUGAAGACUUUUUCAUGGGACUAGUCCGCGGAACUAUCGACUACCGGGAGAAAAAUAAUGUCAGACGGAACGAUUUUAUGGACCUUCUGAUACAACUGAAAAAUGGGGAAAAUUUGGAUGGGCAGUCGCAGAAAUUAGGAAAAGUAACAUUUGGAGAGAUUGUGGCACAAGCAUUUUUGUUUUUCAUCGGUGGUUUCGAAACAUCAUCAACCACCAUGUUAUUCGCUUUGUAUGAGCUUGCAUUGAAUCCAGACAUUCAGGAGAAAGCACGUCAGGAAAUCGAAACUGUUCUUACUAGAUAUGAAGGAAAACUUACUUACGAAGCUGUGAAGGAAAUAGUAUAUGUCGAUCAGAUUAUCAGCGAAACUCUUCGCAAAUAUCCACCUGUUGUCAAUCUUAUACGCCAAGCAGUUCGAGACUAUCGUGUUCCUGGAACGAAAAUAAUUAUUGAAAAGGGCACCCAAAUUUUCAUUCCUAACUUUAAUAUCCAACGUGAUCCAGAAAUCUUUCCUAAUCCAGAUGUUUUCGACCCGGAUCGAUUUACACCAGAACAGAUAAAAUCCCGCCAUCCUAUGUCGUUUUUGGGUUUCGGUGAAGGUCCUCGAAACUGCGUGGGAUUGCGAUUUGGACGAAUGCAGACGAGAAUCGGCCUAAUUACACUUUUGAAGAAUUAUCGUUUUAGACCAUGCCCGAAGACUCCAAUUCCGAUGGUUUUCGAUAUAAUAAGACCAACUUUAUCACCAAAGUUUGGAAUGUAUUUAAAAAUUGAGAAGUUAUAAAUAGUUUACCUUUUAGUUUUAACCAAAUAAAUUGGAUUGUUUUCACUUU